CCUCCUCGUCCUGGGCGCCGACCCUCUCCCUUUGCUGCCUGAGCCGCAUGGGCUGCCACUGAGAGACCCUUCCUCCUGUUUGGGGCCAUGGCGACCCCCGGGCCCCUCUCCGUCCUCCUCCUGCUGCCCCUCUUCCUCUGCCCGCCCUCCUGGGGGGCUCCAGGAGACCCGGUGGAUGUCCUGAAGGCCCUCCAGUUCCAGAAGCAGCCCGAAGGAGUGCGCAAAGUGGCCGGCCUCUGUCCCAAGCGGCGCUCUGGAUCGGGGCCCGAUGUGGCCUUCCGCGUCUCCCGCCAGGCCCAGAUCAGUGCCCCCACGCGGCAGCUCUUCCCAGGCAAAUUCCCAGAGGACUUCUCCCUGAUGGCGCUGGUGAAGCCCAAGGCGGGCUUGCAGGCCUUCCUGCUCUCCAUCUACAACCAGGAUGGGAUCCAGCAGCUGGGCCUGGAGCUGGGACGCUCCCCGGUCUUCCUCUACGAGGACCAAGGCGGGCGCCCGGCCCCCGAGGAUUACCCCAUCUUCAAGGGGGUCAACCUGGCCGACGGCAAGUGGCACCGGGUGGCCCUGAGCGUGAACAAGAAGCAGGUGACCCUGAUCCUGGACUGCAAGAAGAAGGUGACACGGCCCUUGCCUCGGGGGAGCCACCCGGUCAUCGACACCCGCGGCAUCACUGUCUUCGGGACCCGCAUCCUGGACCAAGAGGUCUUCGAGGGCGACAUCCAGCAGCUGCUGAUCUCCUCCAACCCCCAGGACGCCUUCGAGUACUGCGAGCGCCACAGCCCCGAGUGCGAGGGGGACACCCACCGGCCCCAGGCCCAGGAGGCCCAGCAGAGGCCCAGCCGGACACAGUUCUCCUAUGAGGAUGUGGCCCUGGAGGAGGAGGACUAUGGCGUUAAUGGGGAGGAAUGGGAGGACGCCCUCCCCUCCUGGCCUCUGGGGGAGCAGGUAAGGGGAGGGGCCACACAGGCUCCACCCCCAAAUCCCCUGUCUGUCCAUCCAUCCAUCUGUCCAUCCUACCUGGAAGUUUGUCCUCAUGUUGUGGUGUCAGGGCCCACUCAUUUGUGUGUGCAUCCAUCUCCAUCCAUUCAUCCGUCCAUCCAUUCAUCCGUCUCCAUCUGUCUUCUUUUGCAGCAGCGCAAUAGGUGGGGAGGGGCCGCGUGGGUGGGAAAGGGAACCCCGAAGAAAAAACCGUCCAAGGCCAAGGCCCCUGCCGCCAAACCCCAACCCAAACCCAAGCCGCCCCAGAAGCGCCAGCUGAUGAGCACGGCGCCCAGCGCUGCCAAGAACGGGGCCAAAAAUGGGGGGAAUGGCUCCAAAGCUCCUGGGAACGGGAAGCCCUCCAACGGCGGAGGCAAGAGUGCCAAGGCAACGCCCUCCAAACCCACGAAAAGCCCCCCACCCCGCCAAUCAGGGGGACGACACGCGCAGGCCAGCGUUGGCGGAUCCCGGCCGCGGGGCAACAGCUACCAGCAGGACGUGGGUCUGCUCCCCACGGAGGAGCCCUGGGCCCCCCAUGAAUACCUCGACUACACUCUCCCUCCAGAUGUGGACACCACUUACUGGGAAGAGACCUUGUCCCCUGAGCCUUCCUUGCCACACGGAGAGGAGGGAGCCCCCAGCCCGCCCCCCACGGCAGAGGAGAAGGAGGAGGCGCUCCCCGGCGUGGGGCUGGAGUACGAAGAUGCCUAUGGCGAGGAGCCUGAAGGCCAGGAGUCGGAGCUGGGCCCCGUGCUCUCGGCCCAGACCCCACACGGCGGCGGAGGCGUCCUCCAUGGACCCAGAGGCAUGAAAGGAGAGAAGGGAGAGCCGGCCGUCUUCGAACCGGGAAUGCUGGUGGAGGGACGGCCUGGCUCCGAAGGACCCCCGGGCAUGAGCGGACCCCCCGGCACCCAAGGGCCCACCGGACCCCCAGGAGACGCUGGCGAAAGGGGCCCCCCUGGACGGCCAGGCCUCCCCGGCUCAGACGGGACCCCUGGACCCCCCGGCUCAUCCAUGAUGCUCCCAUUCCGUUUCGGGAGCAGCGGCGGGGGAAAGGGCCCGGUGGUGGCCGCCCAAGAAGCCCAGGCCCAGGCCUUCCUGCAACAAGCCCGGAUGGCCUUGCGAGGCCCCCCAGGACCCAUGGGAUACACCGGCCGACCAGGCACCAUGGGUCAACCCGGCAGCAACGGCAUGAAGGGCGAGUCCGGAGACUUUGGCCCCCAGGGGCCAAGGGGACCCCAGGGAUUGACCGGAGCCCCAGGGAAAUCUGGACGACGAGGCCGCGCCGGGGCCGAUGGGGCCCGAGGGAUGCCCGGGGAGUCCGGCAACAAGGGCGAGCGUGGUUUCGAUGGCCUCCCAGGUCUCCCAGGGGAGAAGGGGCACCGAGGAGACACCGGAUCCCAGGGGAUCCACGGACCCCCCGGAGAAGAUGGCGAGAGGGGAGAUGAUGGAGAAGUCGGGCAGCGAGGCCUUCCCGGAGAACCGGGACCCAGAGGUCUGCUUGGCCCCAAAGGACCCCCAGGAAUCCCAGGACCCCCAGGCGUCCGGGGCAUCGACGGACCGCAUGGGCCGAAGGGCAACCUGGGUCCGCAAGGGGAACCAGGCCCCCCCGGUCAGCAGGGGACUCCAGGAACCCAGGGCCUGGCCGGACCUCAAGGCCCCAUGGGACCCCAUGGGGAAAAGGGUCCAACAGGAAAACCGGGUCUCCCAGGGAUGCCUGGCUCCGAUGGCCCCCCGGGCCACCCGGGCAAAGAGGGCCACCCAGGAACCAAAGGGAACCAGGGUCCAUCAGGUCCUCAAGGUUCCAUUGGAUACCCGGGUCCCCGCGGUGCAAAGGGAAUGGACGGCAUCCGGGGCCUGAAGGGUCACAAGGGCGAGAAGGGAGAAGAGGGUGUCUCUGGGCAGAAGGGCGAUUUUGGCGUCAAAGGGGACCGGGGUGAAGUCGGUGUCCCAGGAUCCCGAGGUGAAGAUGGACCAGAAGGCCCCAAGGGACAGACGGGCCCCCCAGGAGACCCGGGUCCCAUUGGCCUUCUGGGAGAGAAGGGAAAGCUUGGGGUGCCAGGUCUGCCUGGAUAUCCAGGGCGGCAGGGCCCUAAGGGUUUGCAAGGCUUCCCAGGAUUCCCAGGGACCAACGGCGAGAAGGGAGGACGAGGCAUUUCUGGGAAGGUUGGACCCCGAGGCGAGCGAGGACCCACAGGCCCCAGGGGCCAGCGAGGACCACGAGGAGCAACUGGGAAGUCAGGAGCAAAGGGCACUUCCGGUGGCGAAGGGCCAGCUGGGCCCCCUGGCGAACUGGGGCUCCCUGGAUCACAAGGACCCAAUGGCUUCCCCGGACCCAAAGGACCUCCAGGUCCUCCUGGAAAGGACGGCCUCCCCGGACACCCCGGCCAGCGAGGAGAAGUGGGCUUCCAAGGCAAAGUGGGGCCCCCGGGCGGGCCAGGAGUGGUGGGAGCCCCGGGCCCCUCCGGAGAAACGGGCCAGAUGGGCGAGAGGGGCCACGCCGGACCCCCAGGCCCCCCGGGAGAGCAAGGGCUGUCCGGGCCCUCCGGGAAGGAAGGGACCAAGGGCGACCCUGGCGGGCCUGGAGGACCCGGGAAGGACGGCCCGGCCGGACUCAGAGGCUUCCCUGGAGAAAGGGGUCUUCCUGGGACACCGGGGGGAACAGGGCUAAAAGGCAACGAGGGACCAGCCGGACCCCCAGGACCUGCGGGGUCUCCGGGAGAGAGGGGGGGCCCAGGCUCAGGAGGACCCGUUGGACCCCCAGGGAGACCUGGCCCACAAGGACCACCCGGACCGGCCGGAGAGAAGGGUGUCCCUGGUGAGAAGGGGCCCCUCGGUCCGUCUGGCCGUGAUGGUGUCCAGGGUCCAGUUGGCCUCCCUGGCCCCGCAGGGCCCCCCGGUGGCCCCGGAGAGGACGGAGACAAGGGCGAAGUGGGGGACCCCGGAAAGAAGGGCCCCAAAGGCGGCAAAGGGGAGCACGGUCCCCCCGGCCCACCCGGACCCCUUGGAGGCCUUGGGCAACCAGGAGCUGCAGGCGCUGACGGAGAGCAAGGGGCCCGGGGCACCCAGGGACAGUUUGGGGCCAAAGGCGACGAAGGGACCAGAGGGUUCAAUGGGGCUCCAGGGCCCAUCGGGUUGCAGGGCAUGCCAGGUCCAUCAGGGGAGAAAGGCGAAACCGGAGACGUGGGGCCCUUGGGACCACCAGGACCUCCUGGACCUCGAGGCCCCGCCGGAGCCUCUGGAGCAAGCGGUCCGCAAGGCCCCCCCGGAGGCAUCGGGAACCUCGGUCCACCAGGACAGAAGGGCGAUCCAGGGGAGCCGGGGGGACCGGGGGUCACCGGGGAGCCCGGCGGAAAGGGCCCCAGAGGCGAAAGGGGAGAGAAAGGAGAACCCGGAGCUGCUGGAGUCCCUGGGCCGCCGGGCGGAAAAGGGCCCACCGGGGACGACGGACCCAAGGGAAACCCUGGUCCCGUUGGCUUUCCCGGAGACCCCGGACCACCUGGUGGAAUGGGGCCACGGGGCCAAGAUGGCGCCAAGGGUGAUCGCGGAGAAGAUGGGGAGCCCGGAGAAGCGGGUUCUCCAGGUGUAACAGGAGAGAACGGACCUCCCGGACCCCCAGGAAAGAGGGGCCCUGCUGGAUCCCCAGGUCCCGAAGGAAGGCAAGGCGGCAAAGGCAAAAAGGGGGAGGCAGGAGCCGUGGGUCCUCCAGGGAAGACGGGCCCCGUGGGGCCACAGGGGACCCCAGGGAAGCCUGGGACAGACGGACUCAGGGGCCUCCCAGGAUCAGUGGGAGCCCAAGGGAAGACGGGGCAGACGGGCCAAACGGGCCCCCCAGGGCCAGUGGGGCCCCCUGGAUUGCCUGGACUGCGAGGGGACGUCGGAGCCAAGGGAGAGAAGGGCCACCCGGGUCUCAUCGGCCUGAUCGGACCUCCAGGAGAACAAGGAGAGAAAGGGGACCGCGGCCUGCCUGGCCCCCAUGGAGCCAAGGGCCCCAAAGGAGAAACGGGAAUCCCCGGCCCGACCGGCCCCAUUGGCCCCGCAGGGCCCCCCGGAUUGCCUGGUCCCCCCGGACCCCAAGGAGCUAAAGGAGCCACGGGCCAAGCAGGACCCAAAGGUCAGCGCGGAGUGAACGGACCCCCAGGACAUCCGGGCCCCCCAGGGGAGGUCAUCCAGCCACUGCCCAUCCAGAGGCCCAAGAAGAACAAGCGCUCGGUGGACGGCAGCCAGAUCAGUCCAGAAAAUGAGGAGGAAGAGAAGAUGGCGGCUUCGGAGGCAGGAGGGCACCCCCCGUCCCAGGGCAUGGAGGAGGUCUAUGGGUCCCUGAAUUCCCUGCGGCAGGAAGUGGAGCGCAUGCGGAAGCCCCUGGGCACCAAAGAGAGCCCUGCCCGCACUUGCCAGGACCUCUGGCUCAGCCGCCCAGAGACCCCUGAUGGUGAAUACUGGAUCGAUCCCAACCAGGGCUGCUCUAGGGAUUCCUUCAAGGUCUUCUGCAACUUCACCGCCGGAGGAGAGACCUGUGUGUUCCCCAGGAAGGAGGUCCGGGAGGUACCGAUGUCCGCCUGGGAGAAGGAAACGCCCCAAUCCUGGUUCAGUGAGUUCCAGAGUGGCAGCCGGUUCUCCUAUGAGGACGCCGAGGGCUAUCCUCUGGGGGUAGUGCAGCUGACCUUCCUGCGUUUGCUGAGCGUCUCGGCCAGACAGAACUUCACCUACCACUGCCUCCGAUCAGCCGCCUGGCACAGCCGCCUACCCUCUGCUGCUGGAGGGUCCUCCACUUCGGUGGGGGGCUAUCAGCAGGCCCUGCGCUUCCUGGGGGCCAAUGAGGAGGACAUCAGCUACGACAACAGCCCCUAUGUCAAGGCCCUGGCUGACGGAUGCGCGCCCCGGAAGGGACCCAGCUCCACGAUCCUGGAGGUGCGCACCCCCCGCGUGGAGCAGCUCCCCCUCCUGGACGUGCGCCUGAUGGACUUUGGGAACUCCGGCCAGAAGUUCGGAUUCCAGUUGGGACCGGUCUGCUUCCUGGGGUGAAGAGGGAUCCCCUCCGGACCCUCGAGACCCCCGGCCUCCGCCUUCGAAACAGCCACGGAGCAUCGCCACGGACUCACCACCACCAGCCAAGACCGAAGGCCCCGUCGCCGUGGUGAUGGCCAUUUUGGGGGAGGUGGGGGCAGCUGACCGACCAAAGAGACUCGGACAUCGGGACACCAAACAGAUCUCUAUCGCAUUGCGCGUGCAUUUUGGCCACAACAGAAGAAUCCCCAGUGGGUCUUGCCCUCCCGCUCGCCCUGGCCCCUGCUUUGCAUGCUCAGAAAGCCAUUUAAAAGACCCCCCUCUCCACGCGACAGUCAUUCCAAGAGAGGAGACCCCCACAAAGGGGGAGGCCUGCUCAGCCCCCUCCCCAAAAGAGACCCCUUCCAAUACACACAGAAUCCUUGUCGUUUCAACAUCCCAAGAAGAGAGUGGGAUUGGGACAUCCCUCGAUCUGGAAACUAUACUCUUACAGAUACAGCCUAGAAUCGCAUUGGCUUUUUAAGCUGCCGCAUCACGCUUUUGGCUGACGCUCAGCUUGUGCUGUCCCAAGACUCCUAGACCCCAUUCGCAUGUUACCAUGGCAGGUGCUAUCUAUCUGUACCGUGUAUUACUUCUCUCAGUUUAGACAUUCUGUUCCUUUUGACGCAGACUAGAAUUGCAUUGGCCUUUUCCGCUGCUCAGCACUUUCUUGGCUCUCGCUCUGCUUGCCUUCCACUGAGGUCCCUUUCAAAGGCCCUGUUCUCAGAAAGCAAGGCUGCACUCGGUGCUAUCUCUUCUUCUCCCUACCUCAGAGAGAGCAACCCCUUUUCAACCCAAGGCUAUCCCAAACAUUUCUCACAAUCCCUGCUGAUUGACAUCUUUCCAUUCUGGCCAAAUCAGUGUUUGGGAAGCUGGAAUGUCGGCCAUUUGAGAAUACCCCCCUCCCCAAAAAAAGAGAUCUAUUUCAGAGGCAAUUCAAGAAGCCCCCCCCCCCCAUCUCUCCGCAUCCAAACCACAAAAAGGGAUCCGUUUUUCUCUCUCCUUAAAGCCGUCCCCGGAUGAGAAAGAAGACUGUGUAUUUCUAUUUUGUUUUUAUAAAAGAAAGAAAAAAAUUAAAUUAAUUAUAUUAUUUAAAGGAGUGGAUAUUAAAAAAGAGAGAGAAAGAAAAAGACUAUUUUUGGGUCUCCUGCUGCACAUUUUAACAGUAUUUUAAGUGAAGGAAAAUAAGAAAACAAUUUCUGGUGCUUGGGAAAAUGUUUUUGUUUUUUUAAAAAAAGAGGAAAUAAAUUUAAUUAUCUCUUGGUCACCUACGGACAAAGUUUUAAAAAUAAAUGGCCGCCCGAAUCGGUUUUGCCUUUUCGUUUUCUAAAAGGCACUGCGGGCGCCCCUUCGGUGCUGGACGUGGGUGACCCCCAAAGUGUAAUGUUUUUGUAAGUAAAAUUGUGGAAAAUUGUAUUGUCUAAUAGAAAAAAAUCUAUUAA